AUGGAGUCGAACGUUCCACAAGAUGACAGGCCACAACGGAAAGGUCUAUAUCGGGUCACGAUCUUGGCCUACCGGAAAGAUGGCAUGUCUGAAGAAGAAUUUCACAGACAUUGGACGAAUAGUCAUGCUCCAAAAGUCAGCGAACAUUUACGGAAGCAUGGAAUAGUUGGCUAUACUCAAUACCACACUCCGUCAUGGCUUCGAGCAGAAGCAAGAAGCCAACUUCCAACGCUAGGCGAUUUUACUGUCGAGAACGUCGUGGAUUAUGACGGCUUCGUUGAGCUUCGAAUGCCAGAGCUGAGUUGUUUUGAGAAUGCCAUGAAUGAUCCAUAUUAUGCGGAGGUCGUCGCACCAGAUGAGAAGUCGUUCUGGAAAUUUGCCACUUCUAAGAUCACUAUCGGCUGGGAGGAGACCUAUAUCGAUGCGUCCAAGGGCGGUGAAGUCGCCGCAAUCGUCAAAGGCCAGAGCGGACAUGAUGCAAAGCUGAACCAAGAGCCAUGA